GUCUCGAUCUUGAGCCUGGCUUUGCGUGUUGCGUGUCUGAGUGUGGCAGCUCGAUUGACAUUUGAAUUCUUUGUAUAUACAUGUACAAAAGCUAAUUAUCCUGGAGGCCGCAAUGUCUUCGCCGUGCGCCCCUCGAGUCGCCUUCCAAGAGCCCACGCCUGACCUGUUAUCCUCGCCGCCCGCGCCCUCAGCGACACGCAAACAGAAGAGACCGCCGCCAAUCACCCCGAAACGCUUCACACGCUUCUUCACCCCGCGAAACUCGAGCCAUGGGUCGGCACGCCCCUCACUCUCCAGCUCCGGGCGGCAACUGCAGGAUAUCACCCGCGCUGCCAUCAAUCGCAGCCAUGCCAUGACGCGCACUACACCCCGAAAGACGGUCAAUUUCGUCGACGUCGAGGUUACUCAGACACGCACACCUUCGUCGAGCUCCCGCAAGAGGAAGAACCCGUACCUCUCACCUGAGAGCUCUCCCGCACAAUUCCACUCAUCACCUUCGAAACGCUCGCGCUAUGUCACUCCAGAGCCAGUGGAGGUGUUUGAGGAUGAGCCUGAGAUUGAAGAGGUGCCUGUCUUUGCUGCACCGAUUCGCCGGAUCGCGACGUUGGGUGCCACAUCGCGGCGGCUACAGCGAUCUUUUGGUGGGAUACUGAGCGUCGGACGAGGCUUCAGGCGAGACCAUACCGCAACAUGGCAAGAUGAAACAGCAGAGUUCUACAGCAGCUCGGAGGACGUACAUUCCCUGUCACAGAAUGCACCGCCCUUCUGCACAGCCAGCUGUAACACGAAUUCGCUCAUGGCCAUUGGAGACGAGGACGGUUACAUCCAUCUGGUCGACUCUGAAGGCGACUUCUCGAAGGCGCACAUCUCAUGGCAGGCGCAUUCUAACGCGGUCAUGGAUGUCCAGUUCUCGUCCGACGACUCGUACCUGGCUGCCGGCUCUGGUGAUCAAACAGCACAGAUCAUCGAUGUCCGAACACAGCAGACGUUGAGUGUGCUUGCAAAGCAUAAGUCGUCCGUCAAGCAAGUACGCUUCCAGCCCGGCGACGAUAAGAUUGUUGCAACAUCGAGUCGAGACGGCGCAGUCCAGAUCUGGGACUUGCGCUGUAAGGGCGGAGAUCUCACGGUACACUCUGCAUGGGGAUCGGAUGCACCCUAUGCCAGUGUUGUCCGCACACUUUCGGCAGCACAUGCCGACAUUGGCUUGCCAUCAAAUGCAGCUACACGAGUGGCCCCCAACAGCAAGACGGAAGCCAUCAGCAGACGCAACGAUGUCUCUGUCACUGCACUCUCCUUCAUGCCCGAGGGCCGCCAGCAUCUUCUUCUGACUGCAUCAGACGCAUCCACUUGCGUAAAGCUGUGGGACAUCCGCGGCCGAUACUCUUUGCGAGGACCCGCCAUUCCUAUCGCCACGACGCGACACCCUGAAUCACAUAAUAAACACCGGCACUUUGCCAUCAACUCGCUUACCCUCAGUGGCGAUGCAUCACGCCUGUAUGCACUAAGUAAGGACAACACAGUCUAUGCUUACUCGACCAACCACCUCAUCCUUGGCACUGCCCCUGAGCUUUCUGUCUCAUCCUCCUCAAAACAGAAGUACUGCCAGGUCGGUCAAGAGGGUCUCGGUCCUAUAUACGGUUUCCGCCACAGCAAGUUUCACGCCGGUUCUUUCUACGUCAAGGCCUCACUGCGGAAGGCUUUCGACGACAAGCCGGAGAUGUUGGCUGUCGGCAGCACAGAUGGCUGCCCCGUCUUGUUCCCUACAGACGAAACCUUUCUUAAGCGCGAGAAGAGCUACAAAGAAGAUGAGGCAGAUGAUCUGCCAGAAAUUACUCCCCGUCCUAUUCUUAGACUGUCAUUGUCGCGAUCGGCGAGCAGCCGUUCGCAGGAUACGAUUCCUAUCUACGAACAUGGCACACCUUUGGUGCGAGGCCAUGACGCAGAGGUCACGAGUGUUUCAUGGGCGAAGAAUGGUAGCCUGAUUAGUGUCAGUGACGAUCAUCGCGUCAGGAGGUGGACGGAAGGCAGUAAGGCAAGAGAGCUGCGCACAGGUGGUGAGGGAGAGGGAAAGAGAUGGCAGUGCGGCUGGGCAGAUGUGCGUGUAGGAUAUGAUGAUGACGAGUAGGUUGGUGCUAUUAUACCCAUUCAUAGUUUGGUUACGAUGCGUUACGAACGAAUAUAUCUACGGUGUCCUCUAGGC